CCUGUUUUCUUGCCAGGAGUCCUGGCUGAGCAGCUGCUGUUUCCCUCCUCUCCUCUCUACAGUAUCUGCCUUACUUAAAGACCCUUCUGUUACUAGCCAAGCUGGAGACUGCCUCAGGCUGUAACUAGCCUCCUGGGGAAGCCCCAGACUCUGCGAACGCUAACUCCUGAGCCGGAGACUCCAGGUGAAAUGUCCCCUCAGCAAAGAGAGAGGCUGAGUUUUAAACCUUAGAAAGAUCUGCAUAGCAAAUCCUUGGUGAAGAUGUGACAAUCCCAGUCUUGCCCAUUUCUCCUCCUCUGAGCAGGAUUUCCCAUUCCCAAACAAGACAUGAUCUCCAGCCGGGAACGAGAGGAAGAGCCUAAUCUCCAGAGCUGCGAUGAAAAGGAGAUGCUGAGUGGCCCCUGUGCAGAUUCCCUUCCUAAGGUGUCCUUUCUCUCCAAUGACUCAUCUGUGGAUUCUCAUUUCAAUGCACCAGGUGAUGGGAUUAUGAGUGAGAAUGAGGAGUAUGCCUACCAGGAAGGUCCUGAGUUAAUGGAACCAUGUGGCACAUUAUCAGGAAUAUCCCAAAGGAAUAUUUCCCAGAGUCCUGAGCAGAGCAAAGCCUGUGAGGUUCAGCACAGAUCAGAAAGGCGUCAGACAACUGCUCCAGAGAAGAGACAAGGUAAAUCAACUGCUUGUGAAAGAGGUUUCAGGAAACUGCCAAACAUUGACCAGCUGGGAAACCCCACUAUGGGGAGAUCAGCAAUAUGUGAUGACUGUGGGAAAAGCUUCAGGGUGAGCUCAAACCUCAGACAGCAUCAGAGAAUCCACACUGGAGAGAAACCCUUUGGAUGUGCCGAGUGUGGGGAAAGCUUCCGGCAGCGCUCGCACUUUAUUCAGCAUCAGACAAAACACACAGGGGAGAGACCUUAUGAAUGUACCGAGUGUGGGAAAAGCUUCACUGUGAGCUCAAACCUUAUUCGUCAUCAGAUAAUCCACACUGGAGAAAAACCAUAUAAAUGUGCCGAGUGUAGGAAGAGCUUUAGUGGGAACUCACAGCUUAUCCAGCACCAGAGAAUCCACACAGGUGAGAAACCCUAUGAAUGUGGUGACUGUGGGAAGAGCUUCAGUGUGAGCUCAGCCCUUACUCGUCAUCAGCGAACCCACACUGGAGAGAAACCUUAUGAAUGCACCGUGUGUGGGAAAAGCUUCAGUCAGAGUUCAGACCUUAUGAAACAUCAGAGAAUUCACACAGGAGAGAGGCCCUACGAAUGCACUGACUGUGGGAAGAGCUUCUGUGUGAGCUCUCAUCUUAUUCAACACCAGAGAAUCCACACGGGAGAGCGCCCCUAUGAGUGUGCCGAUUGUGGGAAAAGCUUCAGUCAGAGCUCAGACCUUAUGAAACAUCAGAGGAUCCACACAGGGGAGAGACCGUAUGAAUGUGCUGAGUGUGGAAAGAGCUUUAGUUGGAGCUCAGCACUUAUCAAACAUAGCAGAAUCCACACAGGGGAGAGACCCUAUGAAUGCACAGGGUGUGGGAAAAGCUUCAGUCAGAGCUCGCACCUUGUUCAGCAUCAGAGAAUCCACACCGGCAGAAGAAUUUACUGCUUAAUGUGUGAUGACUGUGGGAAAAGCUUCAGGGUGAGCUCAAACCUCAGGCAGCAUCAGAGAAUCCACACUGGAGAGAAACCCUUUGGAUGUGCCGAGUGUGGGGAAAAUUUCCGGCAACGUUCGCACCUUAUUCAGCAUCAGAGAAUCCACACAGGGGAGAGACCCUAUGAAUGUGCUGAAUGUGGGAAAAGCUUCAGUAUGAGCUCAAAACUCAUUCGGCAUCAGAUAAUCCACACAGGAGAAAAACCCUAUAAAUGUGCCGAGUGUGGCAAGAGCUUUAAUGGGAACUGGCAGCUAAUCCAGCAUCAGAGAAUCCACACAGGAGAGAGACCCUACGAAUGUGGUGACUGUGGGAAGACUUUCAGUGUGAGCUCAGCCCUUACUCGUCAUCAGCGAACCCACACUGGAGAGAAACCUUAUGAAUGUGCCGAGUGCAGGAAAACUUUCAGUCAGAGCUCAGAGCUUAUGAAACAUCAGAGAGUCCACACAGGUGAGAGGCCCUAUGAGUGUGCUGAGUGUGGGAAGAGCUUCAGUGUGAGCUCUGCCCUCAUUCAGCAUCGGAGAUUCCACAUGGGGGAAAGACCUUAUGAAUGUGCCGAAUGUGGGAAAAGCUUCACAGUGAGCUCACACCUCAUUCAGCACCGGCGAUUCCACACAGGGGAAAGGCCCUACGAAUGUGCUGACUGUGGGAAAAGCUUCCUUUGGAGAUCAGCCCUUCUUCGACAUCAGAGAAUCCACACAGGAGAGAGACCCUAUGAAUGCACUGAGUGUGGGGAAAGCUUCCGUCAGAGCGCGCAUCUUAUCCAGCAUCGCCGAAUCCACACUGGGGAGAAACCCUAUGGAUGUGUCAACUGUGGGAAAGGCUUCACUGUGAGCUCUGCCCUCAUUCGACAUCAGAGAAUCCACAUCGGGGAGAAACCAGUAAUAUGUGAUGACUGUGGGAAAAGCUUCCGGCUGAGAUCAAACCUCAGACAGCAUCAAAGGAUUCACACCGGAGAGAAACCUUUUGGAUGUGCCGAGUGUGGGGAAAGUUUCCGGCAGCGCUCACACCUUAUUCAGCAUAAGACAAAGCACACAGGGGACAGACCCUAUGAAUGUACCGAGUGUGGGAAAAGCUUCAGUAUGAGCUCAAAACUCAUUCGGCAUCAGAUAAUCCACACAGGAGAAAAACCCUAUAAAUGUGGUGACUGUGGCAAGAGCUUCAUUGGGAACUCACAGCUUAUCCUGCACCAGAGAGUGCACACAGGUGAGAGACCCUACAAAUGUGGUGACUGUGGGAAGAGCUUCAGUGUGAGCUCAGCUCUUACUCAACAUCAGAGAACGCACACUGGAGAGAAACCUUAUGAAUGUGCCGAGUGUGGGGAAAGCUUCCGGCAGCGCUCACACCUUAUUCAGCAUCAGAGAAUCCAUACGGGUGAGAGACCCUAUGAGUGUUCCAAGUGUGGGAAGAGCUUCAGUGUGAGCUCUGCCCUCAUUCAGCAUCAGAGAUUCCACACAGGGGAAAGACCUUAUGAAUGUGCUGAGUGUGGGAAAAGCUUCACAGUGAGCUCACACCUGAUUCAGCACCGGAGAGUUCACACAGGGGAAAAGCCCUAUGAAUGUGCUGACUGUGGGAAAGGCUUCCUUUGGAGAUCAGCCCUUUUUCGACAUCAGAGAAUCCACACAGGACAGAAGCCCUAUGAGUGUACCGAGUGUGGGGAAAGCUUCCGUCAGAGCGCACACCUUAUUCAGCAUCAGAGAAUCCACACUGGGGAGAAACCCUAUGAAUGUGCCAACUGUGGGAAGGGCUUCACUGUGAGCUCUGCCCUCAUUCGACAUCAGAGAAUCCACAUGGGAGGGAAACCCUAAAAAUGGGCUGAAAGCUUCAUGUCAGAUAUCCCUCCAGAGUCUCCCAAUAGAUAGUAGCCAGGCAUGUUUCUUGCUUUGAGUCCAUAAGGCUUUUCUCUUUUCACAGAGAAUGAAAAAUGCCUUGCUGAGGAUGGUCAAGUUAAACAAAGAGGAAAUGUUGGUGAAGGGAGAUGAGUCAUGUAGGGGCCUGAGGUGUGGAGAGGAAUGUAUGCUGGGAGCCAGAGCCAGAGACCAGGAGGCACUGUGGGCAGCGGGAGGAUGGAGCAUUUGGAGAGAAAAGAGAAGCUGUUAGUAUAAUUGGAGAGAAGUACCCCAUGAGAACCAGGGCUGGAACUAACAAGGACUGUGCCAGGGGAAAGGACUGGUCCCAGCAUCAUUGGUUCCCCGUGUGGAGAAGCAGGAAGGGGUAGUGAUCCGAGGGCUUGAUGAGUCUCGGCAGUCUCUCCAUCAUAUCAUGAAUCCUAGCUCCAGACAAGCAGCACCCUUCUUGGUUUUCCUGGUCAGGAGGCAGAUAGAUGACUCAAUCCCGCUUAGGAUCUUGGGAUCUUGGUAGGAUUUAUCAAAUGAAGAUCUCAAUCCCUUUUGUUUCAGUGACUGAAUUCCCAGAUUUUUGGUCAUCUGUUAUAAAUUUCAGCUUUGCCAGUAUUCCAAGACUAUUUCCAAAUAGUUUUGGUGGAAGCAGGUGCUAUUCCUGUACACAGAUGCUCAGAUUUCCUCCCAAUAAAUGCUGUCAUACUGUCAAUGACAGACAGUAUAUAAGUUUUGCCUUCAGAGGUGAAAGUAAGCUGGUCCAGUACGGUACAGUUUACUGGCAAGAGCCAGUACACAGCCGACCAUACUGGCAGGGGGCAGCUUUCCCAGGCGGGCAAUUUAAAAGGGCCCUGGGCUCCCAGCAGUGGCUGGAGCCCCUGGCCCUUUAAAUUGCCACCAGAGCCCCAGGGCUCCCAGCUGCUGUUGCAGCUACAGCUACUAUGGGGCUCCAGCAGUGAUUUAAAGGUCCCCUUUUAGUUCUGCCACGCCUGCCCACAUUAUGAAUAAAAUACUAUAUGAAUGGGACUGACUUUCUCCUAUAUGGAAUGUGCUAUAAGCUAGGAAACCAUGAGUUCUAGUCCCAGCUGUUCUGUUAAUAUAUCUGCGUAUUUCACAACUGUUUUGAGGAAAGACAACUAUUAUGUAUCUGUUUCAUUGUGAUGAUAACUGAGAGCUUGCACAAUGUCACUUCAGGCAGAGAUGGGAAUAAAAACCAGGUCUCUGUUGUGACAGA